AUGGCGACCGCGGCGUCCAACCACUACCGCCUCCUGACGUCGAGCGCGUCCGAAGCGGGAAGCAUGCAGCAGACGCCAGCUUACAGGGACGCGCCAAGCCUGCUGCACAGCGACUACACGACGCUCCAGAGUGCCGCCAACCCACUCGGCCACGCGCACCAGUGGCUCGCGGCGCUCUCGCAAGGCGACGGCUCUCCGUGGUCUGAGCAGGACAUCAAGCCUGCGCUGCACGGCGACGCCGACGAGCUCCAGCACUCACCGAGUCUGCAGCCACAGCAGCAGCAACAACAGUCGCGAGCGGCUCAUUUAGUACACGAGAGCGCGCAUCACCAGGACCAACACUGGAGGGCGAGCACAACGGCGCACAUGGCCAGCAUGACGAGUUCAAACGGACCGAGCAUGAUCUACUCGCAGCCGGGAUACGGAGGCGAGCAGGGCAUGCACCACCAUCCAAAUGUCCUGAGCGAGGCGCAUGAGGACGAACCGAGCCCGCGGAUCAGCGAGCACGGCCACGCGCAGAACCUCCGCCCGGGCCAACACGAGCACUCGGACGACGAUGUGCCCACAUCCGACGAUCUGGAGCACUUCGCUAAGCAGUUCAAGCAGCGGCGCAUCAAGCUCGGUUUCACGCAGGCCGACGUGGGCUUGGCGCUCGGCACGCUUUACGGGAACGUGUUCUCGCAGACCACGAUUUGUAGAUUCGAGGCACUGCAGCUUAGCUUCAAAAACAUGUGCAAGCUCAAGCCUUUGCUGAACAAGUGGCUCGAGGAGGCCGACUCAACUUCGGGCAGCCCCACGAGCCUGGACAAAAUCGCCGCGCAGGGCAGGAAGAGGAAAAAGCGCACCUCCAUUGAAGUGGGUGUCAAGGGCGCACUGGAAAGCCAUUUCCUAAAGUGUCCUAAACCCGGUGCGGCAGAGAUUAACGCGCUGGCGGACAGUCUGCAGCUGGACAAGGAGGUCGUGCGGGUUUGGUUCUGCAACAGGCGGCAAAAAGAAAAGCGGAUGACGCCUCAGUGCGCCCCGUUAACCGACAACAAGGACGUGUACGGGGACACGCCGCCGCACCACGGCGAUCGGACACCGGUUCCGUGA